GCCAGGCUGUGGGUGAGUGAUUUCUGAAGGGGUGGAGGUUUGAGGCAGUGAUCACUGCGGCUCAUCCUUUGGAAAAGAUCUGGGAACUACAGUCUAGCCUCAGGCCUCGGCUUACUUGGAGCUUGACAGAUGCAAAACCUCAUGGACAGCAGUCCCACAGAGAAAGUAUUUCGAUCUCAGCAUUUAGCCAUCUCCCAUCUCCCCCAUGGCCCUGACAAUGCUGAAUGGGCUUCUGGUUAAUGACUUAAGCCCACCUGUGCUGCUGCACCAGGUUAGCAAGACUGCCCAGUUAGAUACUUUCAACUACCAGAGCUGCUUUAUGCAGGGUGUCUUUGCCCAUUUCCCUGAGAUCUUAUUUAUCCACCGGACCUAUAACCCAAGGGGCAAAGUGUUGUAUACCUUCCUGGUGGAUGGACCUCAGGUACAGCUGGAAGGUCAUCUUGCUCGGGCAGUCUACUUUGCCAUCCCUGCAAAGGAGGAUGCUGAAGGCCUGGCCCAGAUGUUCCAGGUGUUCAAGAAGUUUAACCCAGCAUGGGAAAGAGUCUGUACUAUCCUGGUGGAUCCCCACUUCCUCUCUCUGCCCACCCUAGCCAUGGAGUUCCCCUCAGCUGAGGUCCUGCUCUCAGCCUUCCACAUUUGUAAGUUCCUCCAAGGCAAGUUCUAUCAGCUGUCCCUUGAAAGUCCUGUGGAAAGGGCGCUCCUGACCUCCCUGCAGAGCACGAUGUGCUCAGCCACAGCAGGCAACCUGAGAAAGUUGUAUACCCUCAUGAGCAACUGCAUCCCCCCAGCCAAGCUGCCUGAGCUGCACUCCCACUGGCUGCUCAACGACCGUAUCUGGCUGGCCCACCGCUGGAGAAGCCGAGCUGAGAGCAGCCGCUACUUCCAGAGCCUCGAGGUCACCACCCGCAUUCUCAGCCAAUUCUUUGGCACUACCCCAUCUGAGAAACAAGGCAUGGCGUCUCUGUUCCGAUACAUGCAGCGGAACUCUGGAGACGAGGGAAGCUUCCACCUGGGCCUGAGUCCCCAGAACAAUCUUGCCCCUUCAGACAUCAGCCCUGAAAGCCCCAAAGUGGAGCAGUUAGUAGAAUCCCGCAUCCAGCACUCUCUCAAUGCUAUCUGCACAGGGCCAGCGGCCCAGCUUUGCCUGGGCGAACUUGCUGUGGUCCAGAAAUCCACACACCUCAUCGGCUCUGGCUCAGAAAAGAUGAACAUACAGAUCCUGGAAGACAUUCACAAGGUGCAACCCCAGCCCCCUGCCAGCUGCAGCUGCUACUUUAACCAGGCCUUCCGCCUGCCCUGCCGCCACAUCCUAGCCAUGCUCAGUGCCCGGCGCCAGGUCCUCCAGCCUGACAUGCUCCCUGCUCAGUGGACAGCAGGCUGUGCCACCAGUUUAGACAGCAUCCUGGGCAGCAAGUGGAAUGAGACCCUGGAUAAGCACUUGGCCGUGACUCACCUCACUGAGGAGGUAGGUCGGCUCUUGCAGCACUGCAGUAAGGAGGAGUUUGAGCGGAGGUACAGCACCCUGCGGGAACUGGCUGACAGCUGGAUCGGCCCGUAUGAGCAGGUCCAACUCUGAUUACUCUCGAUGCCCAGAGAUGCUCAUGCAUGUGCACACACUCACGUCCACCCCUACACACACACACACACACUCUCACACUAUUGUACUUCCAUGGGCCCUCCUUCCAGAAUAAGAA